UGCUUUGUUUUCUCGGGCCGCGGCCGCCGACUUGCAAUUUCGUUUGAUUGUAUGAGUACGGUUUUCUACUUAAAAAAGUGAUAUAAUUUCAAUAAUAAACUUUACGAGAUCAUCAUCAUGGACGACCAAGCUUGUCCACGUUGUAAAACCACUAAGUAUAGAAAUCCAUCGCUAAAAUUGAUGGUAAACGUUUGUGGCCAUGCUUUAUGCGAAAGUUGUGUAGAUCUACUAUUUUUGAAAGGAUCCGGUUCCUGCCCCGAUUGCAACGUGCCACUACGACGGAGCAACUUCCGUGUUCAAUUAUUUGAAGAUGCCAUGGUUGAAAAAGAAAUAGACAUUAGAAAACGCGUAUUGAAAGAUUAUAAUAAAAAAGAGGAAGAUUUUGCUACUCUAAGAGAAUACAAUGAUUACUUGGAAGAAAUAGAAACUAUUAUAUUUAAUUUAACGAAUAAUAUAGAUGUAGUAGGUACUAAUAAGAGGAUUGAGCAGUAUAAGAAGGAAAACAAAGAACUUAUUAAUAAAAACAAAGCAAAAAUUGGUCGGGAAGAAUUAGAGCUUGAAGAAAUACUAGAAAUUGAGAAACAAAUGGAGGAACUCAAGCGAUCAGAGAUACUCCGGCUCGAACAAGAGGCUAAAAAGGCCAAGAUUCGGGAGAAGGAGGCUUUGAUUGACGAGUUGAUGUUUGCUGACGGUGAUGCCAAAGACAUCUUGAACACAUUUGCUCAAAAUGCCAUUGCCAAUAAGCAGGAGGCUGAGGUGGUGCCUAUUGUGCCAAAGGUAACUCACUUCUCCUCUGGAGUGAAGUUCACAAGAGGAGCCAGUGGCCAGCAACCAUUACCGACCUUCGAAGAGGGCCCUCUGUACAAAUAUGAGGCUCCAGUCAUACCAGACCGAUGUGGGCCUGAUGCCCCAACCAUUCAGGAGAUUGUUACUGGUGGAUACUUGCAACAUGUUAGAGCAGAGAACGAAGCAGAGAAGGCUGGCGGUUACUCAUCAACUCUGCCGUGUUUGCGUGCCCUUCAGGACGCCCUGGCUGGCCUCUACCAUGCCAGCUGACCCGGAGACCCCACCGAAACUGUCAUCAUACUCGACUAGCUAUCUAAUCACAGGCUGCAUUCCAAUGGAGGACAAACAGAAAGAAAAAUAAAUUAUUUUAGAGUAUGUAGGUAGGUAGUAACACUAUUUUGUACAGAAUUUCUACUGUCUAACUAGAAAUUAAUCGUAACUCUACUCUGUGAACGUUAAUUAUAGAAAGUAACUUUAACUCAAGCUUCAAGAUUUCAAGUCAUUUUGUCGAGGCGCAUAGUAUGACCUAGGUACGUCAGUUUGUCAUAAUUGUUGCCCCUUUCUUUAGGGUGAUUCUUUUGAAUUGAAGGUAGCUUUUGAGCUGUUUUCAAUAGAAUUACUCGUACCUGCAGAAAGAGAUACAAAACGAGGACAUCAUUUAAAGUCAGUUUCAUUGUUUAAUGUACCAUCACGCUCCGCGAUUAUUGCGCCAUAUAGCUCCUAAAUUAAAUUCCUAAAUUCCUCCUUCUAGCUAAAUUGGUUGAUCAAUACUUGCGCUAUAGAAUUUGCAAUUUACCAAGAACCCUAAAUGGUAUAACAAUCCCGUGUGGUGACUGUACAUUUUAAGUUUUAACAAUAUGGCAGAAAGUCCUUAGCAUUGAUUAAACUAUUCCGUUGGACUCGUCUAUUGUUUUGGAGAAGACUAUAUUAUUCGACUCUUCUUCAAUUUCGAAUACGAAAAGUUUAUUAAAAAAACUUUGAUAUAUAACAUCCUAUCGCAAUUUGAAAUAUCGGUUGCAGCCUACCUCACCUUAAGUGAACAUUACGAGUCCAAUCCCUUCACAUUAUUACAGGGAACUUAAAGUUAAAAUUAUUUGAGAUUAACGAGUUGUAAAAAAAUCAGUCUUACGAUCUUAAUAAGAGUAAUAAGAAAAUUCAGAUUCUACAGGGUUACUUUUUUACCAGUACAAUAAAUCAACAUACGUAAUUGUUGCCAAAAAUAAAAAAUACCAGCAUUCUUUGUUACUACUAUUUGGGAACAAAAAAACAAAAAUACCAAUGCCCGAACUUAUCCGCUAAAGUACUAGAAAAUGUGGAUGCCUUACGCAUCAAUUAGCAAACGCACGAAUUGGCAACUGUUUGUUUACGUCAUCGCGCGCGAUUUCAUACCGUUGACUUGACACCUUGUAAUUAGUGCAACCAGAUGUUACUAAAUUGGUGAAGGAUAAAUUAAUUAUUGCGAAAUAAAAAAAAAAAUUUUUUUAUUUGUGCUAUGUGAUCUAUUAUCGAUGAUGUGGUAAAAUUUAUUGUACCGGUAAAAAAGUAACCCUGUAUACCUUUUAACCGCUAAAGACGUCAACUAACGCGCGCAGCUACAGUCCAAUAUCAACCUUCGUGCCUCUAACAAAGGUUCACGAUUGCGCGCUGCUGCCUCAUACGGGUAUCGUCUUGGGUCAUCCCAUUCGUUUUUCGUCAAGUUCUUAAAUUGGUCCUAUUCUACUUUCGUCACUCAUUCUACAUUCAUCACAAUCGUCGGUGGCUUUCAAUGUAGAAUGCGUGACGAAAGCAGAAUAGGACUAAUUUAAGAACUUGACGAAAAACGAAUGGGACGACCCAAGACGAUACCCUAAUACGUUAGGCGUGGCGUUCAAAGGGUUAACAAUUUUGUAAGUUAACUCAAUAAUUAUCAAUUAUAAGUGUACACCAAACUAGCUUAGGGCCACUUGCACCACCCCACUAACCCGGGGUUAACCGGUUAAAUCGUUAACCUAGUGUCAAAUUGUACUGGUAACCAUGGUAACGCAAAGGUUUAACCGCUAAACCCCGGGUUAGUGAAUGGUGCAAGUGGCCCUUAUUGAAGUGUAAAUACUUAGUUAAGCUAUUUAAUUACUGUGUGUUGUUGUUGUUAUUGUUGUUUGGUAAUACAUUGAGUGCAUUUGAA